GCUGCUCCGCUGCCUCACUGUGAGAGAAGCCCGUUCAGAGGUCGGACUGUCGGGACCGACCACCGGCCAGUAGACGACGAUAGCUCAAGAGUGCGGACUCACAGCUGCACCGACAACCAGGAACCGUGAACCGGGGAGAAGUCAGGGGACACUUUACGCUCGGAUCUGAGAGAUGGAAUGCAUUGAAAGGACUCAGACACUGUGAAAGUUUGACAUGGAGACACAAGUAACGAGACAGUUGAUCGCAAUAAAGUCGACCAUCCUUCUCGACCGGGUCUGAGGUGCAGCGGAGGAUGACACCUGCACCCCGCCUGGCGAGGACCGACGCGCUGUUCCACACUUUGGCAUCUUUUUGAAGAGUAGGUCAGAAAGCUUCUGCGAGUUUGACUUUAUUCUGCCUCUGAUUGUGCAGACAGAUCAGCAUCCAGCCCGCUGCCAUCCUGACUUAUCGGCUGUGGCUGCAGAAACAGCGCAUUUGUUGCGCCUUCCUUUAUAUGUUUGCAUCGCGGACUGCGGCAACAACAACAACAACAACCACAACAACAACAACUGUACACACAGGUCUCUGCAGCCACAGUCAUUUAAACCGUGUCCUCACCUCGAUACGUCUGCACCUUCUCGUCUCUUCUUGCUGUUUCACAUCUGCUGGAUAUUAAGAAUUAAAAGAGAGCUUUUCCUCAAACGCGUCCCCUUUCUACAACAACAGUACGGCAGUAUAAUCUCUGGAGCACUGACUCACCAUGGGCACUGUACUGUCGCUGUCUCCCGGUUCUCGGAAAUCAGGCUACUAUGACAACCGGCCGGGCUCGCUCAGCCACUACCCGAGCCUCAGCAGCCGCUCUCUUAACAGCCAGAAAGACCGCGGGCUGAAGCGGGGCCAAUCCAUCUUUCUCCCGGCGCUCACGUGGAAGCGACUUGUGGCCUCAACGAAGAAGAAGGGCACCUCUAAGAAAGGCCCUUGCGGCCCUUUGGCCCCAGGGGACCCUCUUAACAACAACAACAACAUCAACAUCUACCAGAAGGACCCCGUGUUGCACCUCAACCGUGAGAACGUGAAGAAGUCGCUGUCAUGUGCCAACCUAUCCAGCUACGAGGGCCCAGCAGGACUGGGUCUGGGGCUCGGGUACGGCCUCGGGUUGGGACAGGGGUACGGGUGUAGCUACAGCAAGUCCCAACAGCUUUCCUCUGUGAAAAAAGUCCCCCAGGGGACAGUGACUUCGUCCCCAAAGCGUGUCAUCGUGCAGGCCUCCACCAGCGAGCUCCUGCGCUGCCUGGGGGAGUUCCUGUGCUGUCGCUGCUACCGCCUGAAGCAUCUGUCUCCGGCCGACCCGGUGCUCUGGCUGCGGGCUGUGGACCGCUCGCUGCUGCUGCAGGGCUGGCAGGACCAGGCCUUCGUCACGCCGGCCAACGUGGUCUUUGUCUACAUGCUGUGCCGAGACGUUGUGGACGGUGACCUGGUGGCGUCGGAGCACGAGCUGCAGGCCAUCCUGCUCACCUGCCUCUACCUUUCCUACUCCUACAUGGGCAACGAGAUCUCGUACCCGCUCAAGCCCUUUCUGGUUGAGGCGGGUAAGGAGGCCUUCUGGGACCGCUGCCUCGCCAUCAUCGAUGCCACCAGCUCCAAGAUGUUGCGCAUCAAUGCAGACCCGCACUUUUUCACACAAGUAUUCGCUGAACUCAAGAGUGAAGGCGGCUGUGGGACCCAGGACUAUAGUCGGGUGCUGGAUCGGUGAGAGCGCCCAUCCUUGCUGGCUGCAUGCCUUUUUUGUACACGUACGCUUGCACACAGACACACACACAUUUGUCUCAUACAGAUUCCUCGCCCCUUUUUCCUCUUCUGCUGCCAUGCAGGAGCCAUGAAGGCCUAUGUUGACAGAGCUUUGUAGACAUAUUUAAUCAUUCCAUCUGUGUUUGUUGCCGUUGUCCCGUUCCAUCCACAGAUAGAAAUAGGGAAGAUUACUCUCUGAUAAUUGGUUAACAGAGGCUAAUAUAUCAUGUUUCUUCUCCUGGAAUAUCCACCUGAGUUUACUUGAAUUGAGGAACCAUUUGGUCCACCUGUCCUAUCCGACCCCAUGUGUUGCCCCAGCUGCCCCUUCUGGAUCCGCACAGCCAGGCGCCCCAGCAUCCCCACCCUCCUCUCUGAAUGUGAUCAAUCAGUCUGCAUGGGCCGAGAAGAUGCCAUCAUCACUCACAAAACACCAUCAAGGAAUUUUCACUGGUCAUAUUCUAAAUGUCUGAGUGGAUUCACAGACAAUAAAAUCCAUCUAGGCCAAGUUAUAUAUUUCCUGGACAAUACAAGGAGACAUCCUGACAUCCGCUGCAGGCUAAGCCCCGUGUGCCAGCAGUGAAAAGUGACUCAGACUGAUGGGAACAGCUGAGAGGUCCAUGUAAGGUCCCGCUGGUCCUGCUGUGCGCUGUGUAAUCACUAAAGCAUAACGAACAGGCAGUGUUUUGUGGAGCCUUUUGAGGGUCGUCUGGCCUGAGGGGACAGUUGCUAUUUCUUUUUUUUUUUAUCUCAAACCUGCCAAUGAACUCCUCUGUGUUUCUAUUUUAUCUUAUCUCAGGAGAGUUUUCUGGUGGAAGCAGCACAGAACAUGCAUUUAGAUUUUAAGAUUGUGUGAGUGCAUGCAUGGCUAUGUGUGUGUAGGCAUUGUGCGGUGGACGGCAGCCAGAGUCAUCAGCUGUUUACUCCAUCCUUUGUUCCCUGCGUCUUGUUGACAGGGCACCCACAGCCGUGGUAUUAAUGAGAUUAGCAGAUUACUGCAGCCCCUCCUCUCUCUCAACCUCUGCCCCCUUCUUGUCCACUCGGCUGCCCUGCAGAGCUUCGGUGGCUAAUCCAGGCCAGGCUGGACCGGUGCUGGACUUUAAACACACACAUAUGUACACAAACACACACACACACUAUUUAAAUAACUUGUUGUGUGUGCUUCAUUCUCCUCGGUGCAUGAAUAAAAUGCACGUGUGCAGCUCAGGGUCCAGCAUAGAGGCAGUAAAGCUGCCUGAAAGAUAUACAUGCAGCAGUGGGAGAUGAACCCUGUUGUUGCUGAAGGGGUUUGUUGUUGUUGCUUCUGAAUUUGUCCCAGUUUCUCAUCAGUCACCUGCGCAUCCUCAUCUGCCAUCGAGAGACGUCUCUCUCAUCCCUCCCUCAGCUCCUGUCUCUUGCUAAAUUAUUCCCUUGAUUGAACCAAAAUAGCUUUAAUUUCUAUUUCCCAUGUGUUCUAAUGUGUUUGUGCAUGUCAGAGGUGGACACAGAUCAGGCCAAGGUUAGUUGUUAGACCAAAAAUAUAUGCAUUUCUUUCUUAAAAGCAGAUUAAAUAUAGUUUCAGAUGGAUAUUAUGUCCUUAUCCAUCUGCAUGUUGUUUAGAUUCCUGCUGCAAGAAUUUACUGAUUACAGACUGAAGUUUACAGUCUUUCACUGCUGAUAGCCUAGAAAAAGCUUCCAGUAGUAGAAAAUAGGUAGAAAAAUGAGAGUUAACUGACGGAGUGGCUCAAAGUGGCUUUAAAUUUCAUCAAAACUGAUAGACUUAAUAUAUAAAAAUAGCGAGGCCUGUCUAUGUUAUAGGACAGUUGUCAACCUUUUUGGUUCAUGACCCCUUAAAAUUAAACAAGGUCUUCCUGUGGUCUACAAGGUAAACACACCCCCUACUGUUGGUUGGAUGUUUGCUAGUUACAAGUUUAACCUUGUGAACAAUUUUUAGGAUCCCAAAAGAGUUAAGAAUAUCCUGUAAUUUGCAAGAAAAGAUUAGACUGCUUUCCUACUUUGUUAAUCAAAUCGCAACCACUGGUGUCCAGUAGGAUGCUGCUGCUGCUUCAAACCUAAAUACAUGGAUGCUUCACUUCCACCAAGAUGUCUUGCCCACAGUAGCAUGUGGCAAAGCCUUAAUCUUAUUGUGUUCGGUCAUCUGGAGGUUUAGGUGCUCCAUGUCGUCCCUCCCCCCCAUGUGGCAGUCGCUCUUGCACACUUUGCUUUGACGCUGCAGUAUAUACCCCACCCACAAGGUUGUAUGAUAAGCGAGCAUCCCUAUAAGAUUCGACCUUCACACACAUGUGCAAACAAACUGGUUCACAUCCUCUCCUUGGGUAAUCCAGCUCUAAUCCUCCCACCCAAUCAAACAGAGAGAGGGAGCGAGGGAUGAAAUCAUGAGGAAAUAAGUAAACGGUUCAGAAUCCGAUGAGAUUUGGUGUCACACUUCCCGUAGAGUCCUGGCUCUCGGCUCAGCCUUCAAAUCUUGCUCCAACAAACUGGGGGCCUCCGAGACCCCGAAGCUCAGCCCCUGCUGCCUACUCCAGCUCAAAAUGGGCUUAUUGGCGUCAAGCCUGCCUCGCUGCCUGUCUGAGGGAUCUCGCAUGAGCUCACACCAGUCAACCAGAGAGGAGUGACGGCAGCGAUUCACGCCCAGUGAGAGCAGAGCGCCGAGACAGCGCCAUCUCUCUUUCUGGGAGCUUUGACUGGCAGCCAUUUUGGGCUCGUUGUUGCGGUCAGUGCAGCUCUCUCUCUCUAGCUCUCUCUCUCUCUCACUCUUUCUAUGGCCUGGUCCCAGCUUUGACAAGGACACUUGUGUCUUGACUCAACCUCCACCCACUCCCUCCCUCCCUCUC